UAUAACAGUCUGGCAUUGCCAAAGGAGCAACAAUAUGAAAAGCAGAGCAAUUUUCUGAUUAAUUUUUUCUUAAGUGUUACUAAAUAAAUAAGUUUAAAAAUGCCGAAUCGUAAUUGCCGGACUUGCGGCCUGUUCAUUUUCUGUUCGACGCCCAGUAACCUCUUCGAGGAGCCCAAUUCCGUAAUGCUGCACCAGAUCGAGGUUCUUACUGGUUUGUUUUUGCUCGGCGGACCCGGGAACGAGCUGCCCCCCUUUAUUUGCUCACCCUGCGAAUUGGACCUGCAGACGGCGAUUGCUUUCCGGGAACGUGUGAUUCGAACCCAAAAAACGCUGCAGGAAAGUCCCAACCUGGGGAACGCGGAAUUGAUCGAAUCCUUCGCAGUUGGUGUGGAGAAGGAGAUUCAGUACGCUGAAGAGGUCACCGAGAUCGAGGUUAUAGACCUUCUACCCGAGGAACACCUGCUGGAAGAGACGGAAGAGCCGUACGAAAUAUGUGAGCAGAACGAGCAGCCCCAAGUGAAGGUUCCUGCGCAGGAGAAGAAGCUCCGCAGAAGUACAAAGACCACGCCCACAGUCUUUACCUCCGUUAAGUUUGCGGACAAUAGCCAGGCCACGCGCACCCAGUGGAGCAGACUCACCGAGGACGAAGUGGUGGCCCUAAAGCGGGAGCGACGCAAGCGGGAUUGCAUAUGCGAGCAGUGUGGCCGGCACUUCACCUGCCCCAGCAACUUCAAGUUGCACCUCCUCCGACACACCGGCGUAAAGAGCUUUGCCUGUGACCAGUGCUCCCAGCAGUUCUACACUGCUACGCUUCUGCGGCGCCACCAAGAACUGCAUGCGGGGAAUGCUUUGUUUCAGUGUCGCUACUGCGAGGCAACCUACAGCAACGCCAGCGGACGCAUCCAGCACGAACGCAUGCGCCACACGAAUGUCAAGCCCUUCACGUGCAAGGAAUGCAAUAAAAGCUUUGCCAUGAGCGGAAAACUCCGCACGCACAUGCUGAGUCACACCGGAGUGCGAGCGUUCCACUGCGACUCCUGCCAAGUCUCCUUCGUUCGCCGCUCCCACCUGACCUCCCACUAUCGCUCAAAAGGUCACGCCCACACUUCAAGCGCCCAGGCGGCACUGGACAAUCCUGUGGAACUGGACGUGAAGGCCAGUAACGGCAUGCAGACAGGGGCUAAGGAUGAGGCUUUACUAGGAAAAAGUGGAUCUUAGGAUAAACUGUACUAAAAAUCAAUGGAUCCCCGAUCUGAUAUUCGGAUUAAUACUCAAUGCACUUAAUAUUAAUCGAAAAUGGAAUAUGUUCAAAUAUGGCUGUGUUGAAUAAAAACUGAUUUUUUC